GAAAAAGAAGCAUAUAUAGAUAUGGAGAGUGAAAACAUAUGCUUUAUCAUUAGGAAACGAAGAUACCAAACUUCUAACUCCAAUGAGAGCCAAAGAAGCCAACUUAAUAAUUCGAUGCUUAAAGCCCAAAUAUACCUGCUUUGUUCCACCGCUCUUCUUCUUCCUCGUCACCUCUCUCUGUUUCCAUCUCUCGAAGCCUUUUUUUUUACAUUAAAAUUAGAGAAAGAAAAGAGCGAUCCUGCUGCGGAUGUUGUCUAUUACAACAAGUAGCCUCCAAUGCCAAAAAAUCUCAGACAGGGUCCGGAGAGACGCACCCAUCCCCUGGUCUGGGGCAUUGCCAUACUCUGCACCGUAGUGGCCAUAGCAGUGAUCAUCGUUGGCCUAGCCGUCUUCGUGGGCUACCUGGUCAUCCACCCCAGCGUGCCCGUCAUCAGCGUCGUCUCCGCCCACCUCGACAAGAUUCAGAACGACCUUGCUGGGCUGCUCGAGACGCAGCUCACCAUCGUAGUCAAGGCCGAGAACGACAAUGCCAAGGCCCACGCCAGCUUCUCCGACACCAGCUUCAUCCUGAGCUUCGAGGGCAUCGCCAUAGCCCAGCUGGUGGCGGGACCCUUCGAAGUGGCGAAAAAUGAGUCGGUGGAGUUUCCUUACAAGGUGGAGUCGUCUUCCAUUCCGCUCAACCCGGAGGAGAUGCUGCAAGUGGACUUGGCCCUGAAGCAGGACAAGAUCACAUUCGAUUUGAAGGGUAGUUCCAGGGCACGAUGGAGGGUUGGUCUGUUGGGGUCUGUCAAGUUCUGGGUUCACUUGAAUUGUCAGCUCAAGUUUCAUCCUCUUACUGGAAUUUAUAUGAACUCACCAUGCACUUCCAGGGUCAAAUGACUCACACUAGUCCCUCUCUUUCUCUUUUAUCAUUAUAUUAUAACUAGUUAUGUUUGUCGUUGCUGUAUGUAUGUGCACAAAAUGAGCUCCUUAUAGCCUCUUCUUCUUCUUCUUCAUUAAUUAGCUUAAUUAGCCGUACAUUUACGGAAGAAUAAUGUCAAUGAUAAUCAUCUUGAGGAAAUUAUACAGAUCUUCAUUGAAUUUUAUGUGAUUCUUUAUAUAAAUUCUUGAUUGAAAGAAUAUUGAUGUACAUUUUGGUUCUCUGGAAUGGUCAAGCACGGAGGCCAACAUUUUUUU